AUGGUCUGGCGGAAGAAGUCUUGGCUAGGUUCAAAUGACCUCAAUGAGUUCCCAACCACUUCAGAGUUCAAGCCGACAGCAGAUUUGAGAGACUGCGCAAACUAUGGAACGGCUGCAGACCGAGCCUCUUUCCACACAAAGGAAGCCCCACUGCAGUGCCGAAAUCGUCGCGGAGACCUCCUUUGGUUAGCACUCGGGAUUUUGAUUGAUUUCAAUGUCAAAAUUCUUCCCGCGACCCCGGUUCGAUCCCGGGCACGACCUUGUUUUUUGCCAUUUCUAGCCAGGGAGUCUCUGGAGAAUGGAAUCGAAAGUGGGAGGUGCUGUCAUGUUAGGUGGAAGCACCACUCUAAUUUGGUUUUAUGUGUGGAGGUGAUGCUUGAACUCCGCCCACAUGGAAAACUGAAAGGUGAUUGGCUGAUCAUUUGUGAGGUGCCCGACACCGAGCUCAUACUGCUAGAUGGGAGAUACAGCGCCUUGAUUCUCGAAUCUUUUCUAGACCUUCUACUUUGGAUACGAUACUCGUACUUUGCGCGCGAAAUGCCGCCAUCAGAUUGUAGGCUCGACUCUACCUCCUUGCCCCAUCAUUAUGAGUAUAUCAUACCCCACUCGAUGACUGACCGCAGCUUAUCUGUGAUCAGUUUUCCGAUCUGGGAUCUUUUGUUUGUGCCCCCAUCUGGAAAGAUGUCAUACCUGCAAGGAUUCAAAGUCGGAGCAUAUCAGACCUCUGGGCGCAAUGACAGUGCUUUUCGGCUUCAAAAUCGUUAUUUAUUUCAGCCGAGAGACGUUAAAUUUUACAAAGACUCAGAGAUCAUUAUCACUAUUGCCCAUAAUGCCUAUUUUCCUUAUACUCCUAGCAAUGCGAGAGAAGUCUCCGGCGCUAAAAUCCAACCCCUUGAUUCUCCCACAAAACUUACGCCCCGCACACCAACCACGGUGUCGUUGGCGAAGGCGCAGAUGUCGAACACACAUGAAUAUCCAGCCCUUGAGUGGACGAGCAAAAGCCUCGUCCAGAGUAGCGUCACAUGCAUCAUCACCAAGCCCCCCACGCUGAUUGCUAGGGCGUUGUCUGGUGCGAGGAAGUUGUCUAAAGCUCCAAGUUUGCGCCUCUGGCUGGUGGGUUUGAGCAAGGUCUCGGACAUACCUAGGGAUUCGAUGAUGAGUGUGAAUAAGACGUAUAGUAAUCUGUGGAGUGGGAAGAGGGUAACGGUGGGAAGCCUCCCUAUUGUAAUGAAGAGGGGGUUGAAAUGGUCCUCAGGCCCUAAGGCCCAAUGA